AUGGCGAACCAGAACCAAGGCAAGAGUCAGAACCUGGCAGCGGUGCUAGAAAAGCCUAUGGCUAGACUGACGACUGUGUCGCGGCCAAUUGCGACUCCGGGGCCUGACGAACUCGUCGUUCGCAACUACGCCAUUGCGGCCAAUCCUGUGGACUGGAAGAUACAACACUUCGGCGCCGUCAUAAACAAAUAUCCAACAGUCCUGGGAAGUGAUUGCUGUGGCGUGGUUACGGCUGUGGGUUCUGCUAUCUCCAAAUUCAGAAUCGGAGAUAGGGUCACGGGUUUCGCUGCAGUCAUCUACAACAACGACUUGAACCACGGUGCGUGGCAGACAUAUACUGUCUUGAGAGAGAUUGCGACGACCAAGAUCCCCGAUGGCAUGACCUAUAAGGAAGGAUGUGUUUUCCCAAUGGCCAUGGCAACCUCAGCUAUCGCGCUCUUCGUCCAACUCCGAAUAUCACGCCCCACAGGACAGCCAACUCUACAGAAGUCAGGACUUCUGAUCUGGGGUGCCUCCUCCUCAGUUGGAGUAUCGGCUCUGCAAUUGGCUAAGAACCUGGGCUUCAAAGUCUUCGUAACAGCGAGCCCAACCCACCAUCGAUAUCUCCGCUCUCUCGGGGCCUUCGACGUGUUCGAUUAUCAUGACCCCGCAGUGGUUGGCAAAAUUGCUGCUUCCGCUCGCUCUGCCGGGACGCCCAUCAAGCUGGCGUUUGACGCAGUCAUGGAAGGGACGAGUGCAAGGCAGUCUGCAGACGUUCUGACUGCUUUUGGCAGCGCAGGAUCCAAAUUGGUCCUGGUGCUUUCGUGGUCUGAGAAUGAGCCAAAGCCGGAAGGAAUGGAGAUCUCAAUGACUUUAGCGGCGCGGGUAGGAACAGAUCAAUCCGAAUUGGGAGCUUGGUUCUUCAAUGAUUAUCUGCAGAAUUCGUUGAAGAAUGGGAGUAUAGUUCCGGCACCGGAGAUAGAAAUUGCUGGAGGGGGAAUUGCUGCUACUCAGGAGGUCUUCGAUAAGCUCAGGGCAGGCGUCAGUGGGACGAAACUUGUUGCUGGAGAACAGCCUUGCCCCAAAAAUCCCACCUCACCACAAGUCCUCAAUUCAAAUUCUCUCAAACAUGACAACCUAAAACAAAGGAAUCACCACAUCUACUAUCUGAAGAUGCCACUAUUUGCCCUCCCUCUCUCCACAGCCACCAAAGCAUCUACCUCAGCCCGCGUACACUUCACGUCGCGCCUCCUCACCCGAAAACGAAAACGCGCAUCCUCUUCCUCAUCCGAAGAGGAAUAUGCUCAGCAAUACAGCAGCGGCUUGCCACCAGCAUCCACGAACCCAUUGAGCUUAACGCCUGAUGAGAUUGCGCAAUAUAGGCUUGCAGGAUUAGAUUUGAAUGAGGAGAUACCUAGUGUACCGGGGUGGCCUCAUAGAGGACUGCCAGGUGAGAAGCAAUGGUUUACCCCUGAUGUGAAGACGAAACAGAGAGAUGGAAAGGGGAAAAUGAGAGCUGAGGAUGGAGAGGAUAAAGAAAAGGAUAAUAAGGCGGUGCCGGUGCAAGAGACGAAUCGGGGACCGAAGUUACGAAUGCAGCAUCUUAGUGUACUCACAGCAGUGUUGCAGAGAUGUUUGCUAGAGGGCGAUAUAACUCGCGCUAGCCGGACUUGGGCACUGCUGAUCAGAGAGCAAGUUGCGGGAGCUGGGAUGGAUAUCAGAAGUUCUGGAUACUGGGGCAUUGGGGCAGAGUUGCUGAUUCGGAGUGGGGAGAGUAAAGCGAGGAAUAGAUUCCACGCAGACGAGGACUCUGACUAUGAGGCUGAUGAUGAAGACAAUUUGAAUGACAGGGAUAAGGAACUCAAUGAGGAAGGAUGGGGUUCCAAAGACGGACUUCUGAGGGCGAAAGCAUAUUUCGAGAGGCUGAUUCUACAAUAUCCUUACAAGAGACAGUUUCACGGAAGUGUUAGUGCGUUGGACUUUUGGCCUGCGAUGGUAUCAUGCGAAAUAUACGGGAUACAACAUGAACUGAAGCAGAGCUUGAAAAGGAUCGCAAGGGCCGAAGAGAAAGACGAAGACAAAGAUGGGAGUGACAGUGAUAGCGACGUCUUCGAAGAUGCUGAGAGUCAUAUUAGUGAUGAAGACGGCGAUGCUGCUGCUAUUGAGCAAAGAAGGAAAGACAAAAGAAGUUGGCGCAAAGCGGAAAAGAGAUGGGCGCAGAAGGAUGAUGCUCGCCAAACUGCCUUAUUGUCAUCUGAGAACAUAGCCGGGAGGAUGGAUGAGCUCAUGACCAGCCCGCCGUUUUCUGAUAGUCAAACACUAUUGAGGCUUCGAGGCAUGCUUGCGCUUUACAUAGGAGACUUGUCCGUUCCGGCGAUGCCAAUCCAGGAAGAUGAGGAAGGGAACGAUACAGACCGAAGAUUCUUGAUACGGCAAAGGAUCUCUGAUCACGAACGGGGGAAGAGAAGCCUGGAAGAGGAGCAGAUCAAGGCAAGGAAGCUGUUCAAGAAGAUUGCUGAUAGCGGGGACGAUAAUCGUGAUCUCAAUGGUUUAUACCUUGGAGAUGACCAGGAUGAGAUGGAGGUUAGCUAUGAUGAGUAA